AGAAUCAUAGCAUGUUAGAAUUAGAAAGAAGGCUCAGUGUUUAUAGCGUUAUUGAAGGAAUCAUAUGGAAAGAGCCUCCUUUCUAAGCAACUCAGCUUUGCGGUGAUUCAGGCCUUCUGAAGAGACAGCUUCUUAUCUUAAUGAGUGACGAAGAGGACUCAACAGACACUUCUUAUGAGAACCAGGACUUCGAUAUCCAAACACAUGACAAAGAAGACUUCAGGGUUUUGUGAUCCAAGGUCAUAUGACCCAGACUUCAAGGGACCUAUUAGCAACAGGAAUUGUACAGAUGUUCUGUGCUGCAUAAUCUUCCUACUGUUCAUUUUUGGCUACAUUCUUUUAGGACUUGUGGCCUGGGUACAUGGCGACCCCAGGAGAGUGGCCUAUCCUACAGACAGCCAAGGUCACUUUUGUGGCCAGAAGGGCACCCCCAAUGAGAACAAGCCCAUUUUGUUUUAUUUCAACCUGCUUAGCUGUACCAGUCCCUCUGUGAUGAUAAACCUGCAGUGCCCUACCACACAGAUCUGUGUCUCCAGGUGCCCAGAAAAAUUUUUAACCUAUAUGGAAAUGCAAAUUUUGUACAGAACAAACAAGAGCUACUGGGACUACUACCGUCAGUUCUGUAAGACCACUGCUAAGCCUGUGAAGUCAAUCACAGAACUCUUAAUGGAUGAUGAUUGUCCACCAGCACUGUUUCCAAGCAAACCUUUUCUCCGGAGGUGUUUCCCUGACUUUUCUACUAACAAUGGUACUUUAACAGUAAGAAGUCAGAUACGGUUUCAUGAUGGAAAUGGAAAAACAAGAAAUGUUGUAGAACUCAGAGAGGCUGUCAAUGGUAUCAAUAAAAUCCUUGAUGCAAGGGCAAUUGGACUGAAAGUGUUUGAAGACUAUGCAACAACUUGGUAUUGGAUUCUCAUAGGGCUGACUAUUGCCAUGAUCCUAAGUUGGAUGUUUCUGAUACUCCUGAGGUACAUAGCUGGAUUCCUCUUCUGGAUCUUCAUGUUUGGUGUGCUUGCAAUUAUAGCAUAUGGAAUAUGGCACUGUUACCAUCAAUAUACCAUUCUUGAAGAACGCCCAGCUUCUACAUUAACAAUAUAUAACAUCGGGAUUCAGAUUGAUAUAAGCCUAUAUUUUCAACUGAAACAAACAUGGUUCAUACUUAUGAUAAUACUCUGCAUCAUCGAACUGAUCAUCAUCUUAAUGCUGAUCUUCCUCAGGAAACGAAUCCGUGUCGCCAUCAUGCUGAUGAAGGAGGGAAGCAAAGCCAUUGGAUACAUCCCUAGUACAUUAAUUUAUCCACUGUUAACUUUCAUUUUGCUCUCAAUCUGCAUUUCCUACUGGGCCGUGACGGCACUUUUUUUGGCUACAUCAGGGAUACCUAUAUACAAAAUUGUGGCCCCAGAGGGGAAUUGUAUACAUGAAAAUAAAACUUGUAACCCAGAGACUUUUAAUACAACUGAAAUUGCCAAAGCUUGCCCUGGAGCUCUGUGUAACUUUGCUUCCUAUGGUGGAAAGAGCCUGUACCAUCAAUACAUAUCUACCUUCCAGAUAUACAAUCUAUUUGUCUUUCUCUGGCUUAUAAACUUUGUCAUUGCAUUGGGUCAGUGUGCCCUCGCUGGUGCCUUUGCUACUUAUUACUGGGCCAAGAAAAAACCUGAUGACAUCCCACCAUAUCCACUCUUCACUGCAUUUGGACGAGCCAUACGGUAUCACACAGGAUCUCUAGCAUUUGGAUCCUUAAUCCUUGCAUUAGUUCAGAUGUUCAAAGUGAUCCUAGAGUACUUGGACCGCCGUCUUAGACAUGCCCAGAACAAUGUCUCUAAAUUCCUGCAGUGCUGCCUGAGAUGCUGUUUCUGGUGUCUGGAAAAAAUGGUAAAGUUUUUAAACAGAAAUGCCUAUAUUAUGAUUGCAAUAUAUGGCAGAAACUUUUGCAGGUCGGCAAGAGAUGCUUUCAAUCUGCUGAUGAGAAAUAUUUUAAAAGUUGCAGUCACAGAUGAAGUUACAGACUUUGUAUUAAUCCUGGGGAAGAUUCUAGUUGCUGGGAGUAUAGGUGUCCUGGCCUUCUUACUCUUUACACAAAGAAUGCCAAUAAUCACAGAAGGACCAACAAGUUUAAAUUACUACUGGGUACCUUGGCUGACUGUCAUUUUGGGAUCUUACCUGAUUGCACAUGGCUUCUUCAGCGUCUAUGCAAUGUGUGUUGAGACAAUUUUCAUCUGUUUCUGUGAAGAUCUGGAAAGAAAUGAUGGAUCUACAGAAAAACCCUACUUCAUAACCCCUAACCUGCACGGAAUUCUGGUCAAGAAGCAACUAGCUCCCUAGAAGCAGAAAGUAGAAAAGCUCCAAACAGUAUCACUUCCUUUUAAGUAGAAGUUUUGUACAUUAGGCCAAUUGUCAUUUGAAAAUGUUGCUUGGAAUAAUGUAAAAUUUCUGUGUUUAUUACUAUCACAUCAGCACCCAGUACCAUCUGGGUGUCAGGCAUUUGAUGAUGGUAGCCUCUGUGAAGUAGGAUACUUUGUGGCCUGAA